GGAAUGAUUGACGGGCAGGGAGACCCUAUGGGGACCGAGCGAAUGAGCGGUAGAACCCACCCAGAGGCAAUUAAGGGUAAAGGACGACAAAAAUAUUUCAUCAACUUCUUUUCCCCCCUCCUCCUCCUCUUCCUUCUCCUCCUCUUUUUUUCCCGUGUAGCGUGAGGAUGACAGAAAAGACUGACUGGGAAAGAGACAAAAAAAACUUUGGGAAACGCGAGACGUCAAGUUUGAAGACGAGCGGAAAAGUUCUGCCAAGAGUGAAGGUGGUCUGCGUCAUGACGUGCACUUAAAGAGAAGAGAAUCCCCCCCCCACCCCCCACCCCGACACACACCCCCAUCCCUUUUCCUACUCCUCGGAAGAAAAAAAACUUUAAUUUUUUUUUUUUUUUUGGGGGGGGGAGCACUCAUCGCCGAUGGGGGCCGCGCCGGGCUCCGGCUGGGAGGAAGGCGAGUUCGAGUUCAAGCUGGUGUUUGAGGAGGACGCGCAGCGACCGGAGGAGGACGGUUCCGGCUCCGGCUCCGCGGAGCCCUCUGACAGCAGCACCAGUGUGGAUCCAGACAGACACCGUCCCACCACUCAUGUGGAGCACUCCCCAGUUAGCGCCCCCAGCCCGCCACCCUCGGCCAACCAGCGGGCCGGGAUGCAUUCCCCGCCUCCGCGGAGAGCGCUGGCUAGAGAAUUCAGGGGCACCUAUGAGAGCCUGCCGGCACGCUCCGUUCAGGUUUCAGAGUCCCGUGUGGUGGAGUGUCCUAGCAUCCAGAUCACCACCAUCUCCCCUGAAGAUGAGCCGGCAUCCGCCCUCUCAUGGGACGUGGAGGGCGGACGUAGGUGGGACAAAGAGCAUCUCUACCUCCCCCUGCUGGACCCCUUCACCUACCGAGACAGGUACCCGGGGUCGCUUAGUCCCAGCCCUGCUUCCAGCCCCUCUUCCCGUGGCUGGUUGAGUCCGGGCUCCAGCUGCGACUCUCUGCUGGUGGAAGACGAGGAGCUCAGCGAGGCCACGCUCAAUUUCGGGCUGUCGCCGUCCUCUCGGCCAUCUUCUCCGGGAGGAAAGAAGCGGAGAAACUCGCCCCUUGCUUCCCCGUGCUCGUCCCGAAGGGGGAGCUACUCUGAUGAACUGCAGGGCCUGGAGGGAGGAGACUCGGGCCCUCUGUUGCAGACUUCGUCUGGUAGCUGUGAGCUCAGCAUCCCACAGAAAACGAGGAAGACAUCAGUGGAGCAGUUGUCUCCAAGGGAUCAGGAGCAGGCCCCAGAGACCACACAGACCAGGAGAGACCCCUCUUCAAUGAGUAUGGACUACCUUUCGGUACCCCCUGCUCUGGCUUGGGGGCGGACUCGAGGCAACGCCCACAGUCCUCUCUUCAGGUCAAAUGCCCUCCCGCCGCUCGACUGGCCCCUGCCCUCCCAGUUUGACCAGUACGAACUACGCAUCGAGGUGCAGCCCCGUCCGCACCACCGAGCCCACUACGAGACCGAGGGGAGCCGAGGAGCCGUCAAGGCUGCUCCGACUGGACAUCCUGUUGUCAAGCUCCUCGGCUACAACGAGAGGAAAUCGCUUUCCCUCCAGGUUUUUGUCGGAACCGCAGAUGAUCGGUCCAUCAGGCCACACCCAUUUUAUCAGAUACACAGAGUGACUGGGAAAAUGGUUGGGACCACCAGUCAUGAGACCAUCCAGGUGGGAACAAAAGUGCUGGAUAUUCCCCUCAACCCAGAGAACCACAUGACUGCACUAAUCGACUGUGCUGGGAUUCUCAAGCUGAGGAACUCGGACAUUGAGCUGAGGAAGGGCGAAACUGACGUCGGUAGGAAGAACACGCGGGUGCGCUUGGUCUUCCGAACCCACCUCCCUCUGGCGCCCCCUGCUGCUCCCCCUGGUCGGGUACUGGCCCUGCAGGUGGUCUCGCUGCCUAUAGAGUGCUCCCAGCGGUCGGCACAGGAGCUCCCCGUCAUUGAGUCAGUCAGCCUCACUUCCUGUUCGGUUGAGGGCGGCGAGGAGCUCCUGCUGAGCGGCACCAACUUCAUGGCAAUCUCUAGAGUUGUUUUCAUGGAGAGAAGCACAGACGGUAAACUUCAGUGGGAAGAGGAAGCUCAAGUGGACCGUGACAACAGCAAUGAGUGUUUGCUGUGCACAAGGGUUCCGCCCUACUGUGACCUGUCCAUCUCUCAUCCAGUGUCGGUCAGUCUUUACAUUUCCAAUGGGAAGAGGAAAAGGAGCAGCACUCAUUGCUUCAAAUAUGUCCCCAUUAUGUUUAAGGAAGAAGACCCACUGCUCUCCCGGUCCCAGGCACCACCUCUAAAGUCCCAGCAGGAAGGGGCGGUGUGUUCUUCGGUGGGGGGUCAGUCCAGAAUGAAUGUGAGGUCCGACCCCAUGACAGACGAGCAGACGGCGCUUGGAUUCAACCUGUCCCCCUAUCCGCCCACCUACUCUCCUCCAUGCACCAGCCUGGAUUACCAGGAGGAGUAUGGCGCUGACACUGUGACAGCGGAGCCUGGCGGGACGGGCCCCGUCGUGUCCGAGCAUCACCCCAGCUUUGAGAACCUGGAGCUGGGUUUCACUGAGCUCCUCCCCCCUCUGUACUUGCGCAGUCCCCAACCACCCUCCCCCUCUCCCUGGCUCGACUCACCCUACCUGUCCUCCUCACCCUCUCCCUCCCACUCCUCCUCUCUUAGCCCUUUCCCAGCCGGCAGCCCGAUCUCCACCUCGCCUCUUCCUCCUGUUCCGACCCCGCCGUACGCCCAGUACUCUGCUUAUCCUCAGGAGAUGUGCCCCUCGCCCCCUACACAUCUGAGCACCUAUCAGGACAUGUGUUCAGCGCCUUACUCCAACUAUGAGCGAUGGGACCCCCAAGGGGGUCUUCUGGGAAUGGGCCACAGGGAUGAGAGGGAUGCCAAGAUUCAGGAGUGCCCUCUGGAGUUCACCAGCUCCAACAACAUGCACCCCAUCACAUUUGAGGAAGUGUCAGAGUACAUUGGGCAGGACUUGCAGUCCUUCCAGGACCCCCCGCAGACCAACAAGCAGUCACAUUGAUGAUGUCAUCAUUCUGCAUCAUUCCUUUUCGUAAUGCACUUCCUAUAUAACACAACCUCCUGCUCCACCUUUCCUGCUUUGUCGGCGGGAAUUCAUAUUUCUUAUGUGGUUAUGGCCAUAGGUACAUAUACGCAUUUUUUUUUGUUUUAUAUAUGGAUAUUUUAUAACGGGAAAGUCAUGUUUUUGU